AUGAUGAAGAGAUUAAGCAGCUCAGAUUCAGUUGGUGGUCUCAUCUCUUUAUGUCCCACUACUUCUACAGAUGAGCAAAGUCCGAGAAGAUACGGAAGAGACUUCCAGUCGAUGCUUGAAGGUUACGAGGAAGAAGAAGAAGCCAUAAUUGAGGAAAGAGGACAAACCGGUUUAUCGGAGAAGAAGAGACGGUUAAGCAUUAACCAAGUUAAAGCCUUGGAGAAGAAUUUCGAGUUAGAGAACAAACUUGAGCCUGAGAGGAAAGUGAAAUUAGCUCAAGAACUUGGUCUUCAACCUCGUCAAGUUGCUGUUUGGUUUCAGAACCGCCGUGCUCGGUGGAAGACAAAGCAGCUUGAGAAAGAUUACGGUGUCCUUAAAACCCAAUACGAUUCUCUCCGCCAUAACUUCGAUUCCCUCCGCCGUGACAAUGAUUCACUCCUCCAAGAGAUUAGUAAACUGAAAUCUAAGCUUAACGGAGGAGAAGAAGAAGAAGAAGAGGAAGAGAACAACGCGGCGAUGACGGAGAGUGAUAUUUCGGUUAAGGAGGAAGAAGUUUCGUUGCCUGAGAAGAUCACGGAACCGCCGUCGUCACCUCCACAGCUUCUAGAACAUUCCGAUGGUUUCAAUUACCGGAGUUUCACCGAUCUCCGUGAUCUUCUUCCGUUAAAGGCUGCAGCUUCUUCCUUCGCCGCCGCAGCUGGAUCUUCAGACAGCAGCGGCGAUUCAAGCGCGGUGUUAAACGAGGAAAGUAGCUCUAACGUUACGGUGGCUCCGGUCACGGUUCCCGGCGGUAAUUUCUUCCAGUUCGUGAAAAUGGAGCAAACGGAGGAUCACGAUGACUUUCUUAGCGGAGAAGAGGCUUGCGGUUUCUUCUCCGAUGAACAACCACCGUCUCUACACUGGUACUCCACCGUUGAUCAGUGGACUUGA